AUGGCUCCAGAAUUUACUAAUUCCAACGGUUGUCCAGUUCCCGAUGCUUUUGCUACUCAAAGAGUAGGUAAACAUGGACCUUUAUUAUUACAAGAUUUCAAUUUGAUUGAUUCUUUAGCUCAUUUUGAUCGUGAACGUAUUCCUGAACGUGUUGUUCAUGCCAAAGGUAGUGGUGCUUACGGUGUUUUUGAAGUGACUGAUGAUAUUACUGAUAUUUGUGGUGCUGCCUUUUUAGAUACUGUUGGUAAAAAAACCAAAGUUUUCACCAGAUUUUCCACUGUUGGUGGGGAAAUGGGAAGUGCUGACACUGCUAGAGAUCCAAGAGGUUUUGCUACUAAGUUUUAUACUGAAGAAGGUAAUUUGGAUUUGGUUUAUAAUAAUACUCCAAUUUUUUUCAUUCGUGAUCCAUCUAAAUUCCCCCAUUUCAUUCACACUCAAAAGAGAAAUCCUCAAACUCAUUUAAAGGAUGCUAAUAUGUUUUGGGAUUAUUUGACUUCUAAUCAAGAGUCCGUUCAUCAAGUGAUGAUUUUAUUUUCUGACCGUGGUACUCCAGCAAGUUAUCGUGAAAUGAAUGGUUAUUCUGGUCAUACUUAUAAAUGGUCAAAUAAACGUGGAGAAUGGCAUUAUGUUCAAGUUCAUUUUAUUAGUGAUCAAGGUAUUCGUACUUUAAAUAAUGAGGAAGCUGGAGAAUUGAGUGGAUCUAAUCCUGAUGUUGCUCAAGAAGAUUUAUUUAAAAACAUUGCUAAAGGAAAUGGACCUUCCUGGACUUGUUAUAUUCAAACUAUGACUCCUGAACAAGCUAAAAAUGCCCCAUUUUCUGUUUUUGAUUUAACUAAAGUUUGGCCUCAUAAAGAUUAUCCAUUAAGAAGAUUUGGUAAAUUUCAAUUGAAUGAAAAUCCAAAGAAUUAUUUUGCCGAAGUUGAACAAGCUGCAUUUUCUCCAGCUCAUACUGUUCCUUAUAUGGAACCUUCUGCUGAUCCAGUUUUACAAUCUAGAUUAUUUAGUUAUGCUGAUACUCAUCGUCAUAGAUUGGGAACUAAUUAUACUCAAAUUCCAGUUAAUUGUCCAGUUACUGGUCGUGUUUUCAAUCCUCAUAUGAGAGAUGGGGCAAUGACUGUUAAUGGUAAUUUAGGUGAACAUCCAAACUAUUUGGCUACUUCUCAUCCAAUUGAAUUUAAAAAUUUCAAUUUACAAGAAGAUCAAGAAGUUUGGCAAGGUGCGGCUUGUCCAUUCCAUUGGAAAGCUGAAGAAGGGGAUUUCAUACAACCUCGUGAAUUAUAUAAAGUUUUGGGUCGUUAUCCAAACCAACAAGCUCAUUUGGCUCAUAAUAUUGCUGUUCAUGUUCAAGCUGCUGAUGCUCAUAUUCAAGAUCGUGUUUUUGAAAUGUUUGGUAAAGUUGAUUCAAGAUUAGGUGAAGCCAUUAAAAAGGAAACUUUACAAUUAUCACCAAGAAAGUAA